AAUGGAUUUUUCUUAGCCCAGAUAAGAUGACGGACAGUUCUUGUUUAAAUGCCUUUUGCAGUAAUGAAACUUUAGCUUUUUUGUAAAUAAACAUUUUGGUAGUCCUCAUAUCUGAUCACACAGCGUUUGACCUGAGCUUCACAAAUUAUUUCCAGCAAGAAAAGGAUCAUGUAUCUCCUGUGGCCUCUGCUGUUUGUUUCAGCACAAGGUUCGAUCAAGAUUGAUGGCAGACCGAGGCAGCCGACAUUGGAGGGCAGCGUGAGACUUGUGGGAGGUCUAGCUUCUCCUGGUCGUGUGGAGAUCUAUCACGAUGGACAGUGGGUUACAGUUUGUGAUGACGGAUGGGACCUGGCCGGAGCACAAGUGGUGUGUUGUCAGAUGGGUUUUUCUGGAGCCAUAAAUGCCGUUUUCGGAGGAUAUUUUGGAGCAGGCUGUGGUCCAAUCUGGAUGGAUUACGUGAAGUGUAACGGCUCGGAGAGCUCACUGUCUAAGUGCAGCUUCAGGGGUUGGGGUGUUUAUGACUGCACACAUAAAAAGGAUGCCGGAGUCGUCUGCAAGACUGCUAAAUUCUCACUGAAGCUGAAUCUGAAGCAACCAAUUGAGCAAGAAUUAUUUGUCAAUGGUAAAGUUGUCUUGGAGGCUGUUGUUUCUGGAGACAUAGAGGCAGUGAAAGAAGCUUCAGUGUCAUGCAAAGUGAAGGAUAAACCUUUAAUCACUGUACCAGGAACUACAGACUCUUCACAGUUUAUAAAAGUCCACAAAAUCACUGUUGAUCGUGAGAAAUGGUUUGAUGGUGAAAAGGUCACCUGCACAGUCCAUUCAAACAACAGCAGAGACAUUGAGCAGGAGAUCUUUUUCGAUAAAGGAGAUGGACGGAAACCCAGUGUUGUCAUUUACAGUCCUGGUUAUAUCCCUGCUGACAACAUCUCUCUGGUGUGUGAGGUCUCCAGCCCUAAACUCGGCAAUGUCUAUAUCAUGUGGAAAGCGGGCGAUAGGCCUUACAUAAAGGGCUCAACCAGCGCUCCUAUCCAUCAAAAGGACUCCACGUCUGUUCUCAGCAUACUAACAAUGACAAAAGAAGAGUAUGAAAAUCCCAGUACCACCAUCACAUGCGCAGUCAUACAUGCCAACAUGGAUAAUAUGAGUUCUCCUUUACAAGUUUCAUCAGACAGAAGUAAACAGCUAGAAGUGUCAUGUGAUUAAUGUUCAAGUGCUGUACCAAACAGUCACAGUGUUUAUCUGCUGUUCACUUCGAUGUUCUCCAGAGCUUCUGUUUUGUUGAUCCUAUCUGAUUAUAUAUCUGUGGUGUUCUUGUGCAUUUGUUCUGCCUAUAUCUGUAUCACUGAACUGCAUAGAUCAAACAUCAAUGCCAAAUUACAAUACAAACUGUGUUUCAUUUGUGAUUGCAUGCAAAUAAAUAUGGCCAUACAAAACAUAGUCAGCAUAAAUAUCAUAGUGUGAAAAAUCAGUAGUUUUCCAGACAAUGUCCUGUGCUUUCUGUGCUGCUGUUAAUCCAUUCGUGCCAUGUAUGUAAUAUAAUCUAACAUUUUCAAAUUGUUUACUAAAAAUGAUGACGUUUAAAUCCAAAAUUUUUCUUUUUUUGUUUUGUUGUUUUACAAUAUUAAGCAAUAAAUAUUGGUGUUUGCAUGAUUAA